AUGUCAACCCCUCCAACCUCCAAACGAGUCAAGGCGUCUCCAUCGACCAGCGCGCCAUCGCACCUGCUAGCUCCGCAGCAGGUCAAUCCAUUUCAAAGAGUGCCUUCAUUCGAGGGCAUUCCUAUGCCCCAAUCUCAGCUUUCUCCCCCCAACCCCAAAAAGCGCCGUGCUUCGCCCCAGGUAAGCACUGCGACAACCAUGACAGCAUCUGGGACUACAGCCGCUGCGGCCGAGACCACACUUGAACCUGGGCCAGGAGCACCAGAAGCUCCCCCCAAGAAAAAGGGAAGGACCAACACUCCGUGGACUGCGGAGGAAGAGCAACGGCUAAAGACAAUGCGCGAUGCUGGUCGCAGCUGGAGUGAGAUUGCUAAGACAUUCCCUUUUCGAACUGAAGGGAGUGUUAAGAAGCACUGGUAUAAGGAUAUGCACUAUGCCGAAUUUGAUGAAGACGAGUCCAUGGCGCUCCGCGAGGCAAUCAAGGAAUAUGAGGCGAGCAAAUGGAAAGUCAUCGGACAAAAAGUUGGAAAACCGGCCAAGGCAUGUGAACAGUAUGCGAAAGAGCACUUUAAGGACCUCUAG